UUCUCCCUUUUCUUUAUUUUUAUUUUUUAUUUUUUAUUUUCUGGGUGAACCCAGUGUUGCUUGCGUCUCUCUUAAGAAUUUACCAAAUUAAAAAAAAAAAGAAUAAAUAAAUCCUCCUUCUUGUGUUCUGCUUCUUCCUCUUAAGUCUCCUUUCCUCAAUGUAUUCUUGAAGUACUUCAGGCAUUUUGCCACAGAGCUCCAGCUCCCUCCAUCAUCAAGAAGCUGUAGAGCUAAGAACCCAUCAAACCUCACAAUCCAUCUCUCUCUCUCUCUCUCUCUCUCUCUCUCUCUCUCUCUCUCUUAGGAAAAUAAGCAAUGAGGGCCAAAACCCCAUACCCGAUGAACCUGAAACUCCUCCUGCUCUGCUUCUUCUUCUUCCUCCUCCUCUGCUUGAUUCUGCGAUCCAGCUUCUUGUCUUCCCAACAAAACCCAUCCCCCGUCAAAAACGCCCAAACCCACCCAAUCUCCAACUCAACCACCGCUCCUCUGGACCCCCAACCCCAAUCGAUCCCCUGCGAGCCCCUCACACCCACCUGCACCAAAAUCACACCCUCCCUCGCCCACACCCUCAUCCACUACGCAACCUCCAACAUUACCCCACAGCAAACCCUCAAAGAAAUUUCCGUCAGCGCCAGAGUCCUAGAGAGGAAAUCCCCCUGCAACUUCCUGGUGUUCGGCCUCGGCCACGACAGCCCCAUGUGGACGGCGCUCAACCACGGCGGCCGCACCGUCUUCCUCGAAGAGGACAAGGCGUGGAUCGACCAGAUCAAGGAGCGAUUGCCGGGGCUGGAGUCGUACCACGUCGGGUACGACACCAAGGUGAGCGAGGCCGAGGGGCUCAUGAAGAUCGGGAGGGAGGAGGAGUGCAGGGUGGUGGGGGACCCGAGAUUGUCCAAGUGCGGGCUGGCGCUGAAGGGGUUUCCGGCGGAGGUGUACGAGGUUGAGUGGGAUUUGAUAAUGGUGGACGCGCCGACGGGGUACCACGAGGCGGCGCCGGGGCGGAUGACUGCGAUCUACACGGCGGGGCUGAUGGGGCGGAACAGGGAGGAGGGGGAGACGGAGGUGUUCGUGCACGAUGUGGAUAGAGCGGUGGAGGAUGAGUUCUCAAAGGCGUUUCUUUGUGAAGGGUACUUGAGGGAGCAGGAGGGGAGGCUCAGGCACUUCACCAUUCCGAGUCAUAGGACUCGGUUGGGUCGACCCUUCUGCCCUUAAAAUAUGCUUUUCUUUCUUUUUCUUCUGUCUGGAUUUUGGUUCCAUGUUAAGAGUUCAUUUUCAGCUUUUUCAUUAGCUUGUGUUAUAUAUAUUUGACAGGAUUUUAUGACUUUAUAUUCAUUUAUUUUUGAAUAACUGAGAUUUCAAUCCUUCAAUUAA